AGCGAAACAAGCUGGUGCUGCGAUGUUCAUCCUCCAGCACUGGGUAUAGGAGCAUCUUCCAAUGUUCGCACCUGAAGACCCACGUCCAUAUCGGAGAGCAGAUGAUGAGCUACACUUUGUGCAAAAUCUCCCCUACGGUGUCAAGUGGAUACGAGCAAAUACAAACGACCAUCAACCUGAGCACUUUUUACUGUUUUAUCGUUUUGAGUUAGAUAAGCCUUGGUGGAACCAGGUUACAUGGGAUCCAUAUCCACGUGAAGUAGUCGAGCUGCAUCAUCUCAGACACCCCCAGGAUCACGAGUUGUGGUUGUGCAAGGUACCAUUGAUCUGCUGGCACAUCGUGGAGUGGCAUACGAAUCCUCCCAAUCACCAUACACCUCAGCCAUGGCUUUCUACUUUCCAUGCCAUGCUUUUUUGUACCUUAUCGUGUAAGAAAGUCGAUCCUUCACCUCGGCCAUGAUAGCUUUGACCUUGAU